GCUUAUAUUUUGGGACGGAUGGAGUAUAAAAUAAACUACGAUGAAGAACCACGUAAUCAAUAUCAGAAUUAAAUUCUAAAAAUUCAAAUGGUUUAUAGACAUAAGGAAGCGGUGGGGUUGUCUGUCCGGAUCCGGAAUACUGUUAAUUGUUUGUUUUCUACUAGUACAUGGACUUGUUGUUGUUAGUUAUGUUCACUACUUUUGUUAUUGCUAUUGCUGCUGCUACUGCUGCAAUUGGAUUAAUUCAAUCUUUUAACUCAUUUCAAUUCUUAUACAACUCGGUGCGUGCAGCAAGGAUCCCCCAAUGCAUUUCACUCAUAAGCCUGCGCUGGGUUACUACUCUGCCAGUGCCUUGGAUACUCUACAGAUCUUCUCUGUCAAGGUAGCAGCGACGAGUGGAGGUUUACAGUGGCCGCUUGAUGUGUUCGGUAUAGUUUCCAUCCGUGACAGUGUUGAUCGUAAUCGCAAUGUUGUCUUCCACCGCACAAGGGACAACUGCCAAACCCUCACUGAACAGGAACGAAAUUUAGUGCUGGUAGGGCCCACCCGUGCUGUUGUGUUGUCAAUGCCGGAUCCUCUGAUCAUCGAUGUUGAAAUGAAAGUGAAGGGCACCACUGAAUCUGAGGACAAGCGCUUGAGCUUACUAGCUGUGCCACUCUUAUGUGCUGGUAAGUAUUACUCACACGUGCUUAAAUCUGGUUCUUACACAAGCAAGCUAAGCACACUGGAGUUCAGACUUGGCUACAUCGUGUCAUCUGUGGAGGCCACAAUAUCUGUGCGUGUCAUUCGUGGGUCAUGGCCUGAUGGUUUUCAUGGUCAGUUUGCUGCAUAUACCACUGGUGUCAGAUUCAGGCAUUUGGCCUCUGAAGACAUCCUAGCUGGAAUUGAACUUGAGAAAAUAGUCCUGCUUGAUUCUAGAGGUGAUCAGAACGUAGUAACUGUCAGUGGUGAUGGCACGAUUGAGCUUUCACGGCGUGUUGUUUCUGUUGAGAAGGUUGGAAAGCUGAAGGUUCUUGUCAGGGCAUGGGAGCUCGUUGAUCAUAACAAUGUCGUGGAACAAGUGAAGGUUUUCACACCAUUAGAAGCUGGCUUGAGCAAUGGUGAGCUAGACAUUGGCUUCUGUCUGCUUGAAGUUAGUGUAGCUUGGUCGCUCAUUUCGGAGAAUCCAGUUCUUGCUAAAUCGGUUCUGUAGUACUGGAAAAUAUGCAUGGUCAGGCAUCGGAAUGGUUGUGAAACGUGAACUGGUGAUUAAUUGUUAGCAUGGUUGAUGCAGCUUUUGUAAGAUUUGUGGCCGAUAUUACAAUUAUACUGCAUAUAUAUGGAUGUGUUAUUUAAAGUCA